AUGGCGUUGAAGACACUCGGACCAAAACCGGCCGCCGAGCUGGACAAGGAACUCAUGAGCGAAGAAGGAGGAUUUUCAAUCGACCAGCUAAUGGAACUUGCUGGGCUCAGUGUCUCACAAGCUGGCAAGUAUACUCAUGAAACUCCCUUUCUCUCACCACGCCACUUUUCCAGGCAAUGGACCUGGCUAGUAUAUAAAGUUCAUCCACCCUCCAAAGGUAAAAACAUUCUCAUAGCAUGUGGACCAGGGAAUAAUGGCGGCGAUGGACUCGUCUGUGCUCGUCAUCUCUACCACUACGGCUACACGCCGACAAUCUACUACCCGAAACCGACCAACGCUCCCAUUUUCACUGGUCUCCAAAAACAGCUUCGCCACCUACACAUCCCCUUCCUCGCUACGCCGGAGGACUUCACCGCCACUCUCAAAUCGACAGACCUGAUCAUCGAUGCCCUGUUCGGAUUCAGCUUCCACCCUCCUGUCCGCGCGCCCUUCGACACCAUCCUCACAGCCGUCAUCGACUCCCCUACCCCCGUACUGUCCGUCGACAUCCCUUCGAGCUGGGAUGUUGCGGGCGGUCCGCCGCCGGAAAAAGACCUCGUGGGCCACAAUUUCAUGCCAGAGUACCUUGUCAGCUUGACGGCCGCGAAGCCCUGCGUCAAACAUUACAAAGGCCAGCGGCAUUUUAUUGGGGGGCGGUUCCUAAGUCAGGACGUUGCGAAAAAGUACGGUCUGGACGUGCCGGACUACAAGGGUGUGGAUCAGAUUGCAGAGGUCCCUGUCGAUAUCAAGGUUGAGGAGAAGUUGUAA